GUUGAUAAGGAGAAAGAAGCAAAAUGUGGUCGCAAAGCUUCUUAGGUUCUGCUCCCAAAUUAUGUCUCUUCUCAUCUUCUCUUCCUCCUUUCUCUCAUCACAAGAUCCAUAAAUUCUUCUGCUUUGCCCAAAAUCCAUCAUCCACUGUUAGCAUCAAUCUCAGCAAAAGACAUUUGAAUCUCUCAAUUCUCACACUCUUCUUCAAUGGGUUCUUGUUGGAUAAUAAAGCCAAAUCCAUGGAAGAACUUCAAAGAUACACUGAUUCCAACAAUGGCUUCACUCUUCUCAUACCCUCUUCUUAUACAAAGGUAGAGAAAGCAGGAGCUAAUGCUCUGUUUGAAGAACUAAACAAUGGAAGCAACAAUAUUGGUGUUGUUGUUAGUCCUGUCCGUAUAAAGAGCCUUGACCAAUUUGGUUCUCCUCAAUUUGUUGCUGAUAAGCUUAUCAACGCAGAGAAACGAAAGGAAAGCACAAAGGAAGCAGAAGUUGUAUCAGUGGGAGAGAGAGCAGGAUUAGGACAACAAGUGUAUGAGUUUGAAUACAAAAUUGAUAGUACAAGAGGAGGAAUCAAGAGGGUUUUCUCAGCUGCGUUUGUGAGUUCUAACAAGCUUUAUCUAUUGAAUGUUGUUCAUUCAGAUAAACCAGAGAAUCCAUUGGAUUCAAGUACGAGAAUGUCGUUGGAACAAGUUCUUCACUCCUUUGAUGCUCUGCCUCUUACAUGACCACCAAACCCAAUAAUCUGUUUCCUUGUUGAGCUUGUUUGAUGGGCUUAUUCUUGAGUUAAUGGGCUUUUGUAGUCAUUUAUUGAGCCCAAUAAAUCUGAGAUUUCUUUUGUUACAAAUACUGUUGCCUAGUUAACAUUCUUUGUGGACAUUCUCUUUUUCUUCUGUCAACAUGUAAGUUUAAAUUAUAACAACUUCGUUCUGAUUGCGAGUCGUACUACGAAACCAAACAAU